UAGUAAUAAAUCAUAAUGGGCAGCCCAUGCUAUUCCGCUUGUACUAUCCAAUCAUUGAACCCCACGUGUCCUUCAUCCUCCUCCUCCUCUGUUAUCUUCGCUCUUCAUAAACCCCAGAUUCACAGUAAUUUUAUUCAAAAUUAUACAAGGAGAAGAAUCAUUACUUGUAGUAGUAAUAGUAGAAGAAGAACGGCUAGUGUUACUGCGAUGAAUGUUGUGUCUUCAUCAUCAGUAGAAGUUGGAAUACAGAAUCAACAGGAGUUGAAAAAAGGAAUUGCAGAUUUAUAUGAUGAGUCUUCUGGGAUUUGGGAAGAUAUUUGGGGUGACCAUAUGCAUCAUGGAUAUUAUGAACCUCAGUCAUCUGUGGAACUUUCUGAUCAUCGUGCUGCUCAGAUCCGUAUGAUUGAAAAGGCGCUAAGUUUUGCUGCUAUUUCUGAAGAUCCAGCGAAAAAACCAACGUCCAUAGUUGAUGUUGGAUGUGGCAUAGGAGGCAGUUCUAGGUACCUUGCAAAGAAAUAUGGCGCUGCAGCUAAAGGUAUCACUUUGAGUCCUGUACAAGCAGAGAGGGCUCAAGCUCUUGCUGAUGCUCAGGGAUUGGGGGAUAAGGUUUCAUUUCAAGUAGCAGAUGCCUUGAAUCAGCCUUUUCCAGAUGGGCAAUUCGACUUGGUUUGGUCCAUGGAGAGUGGAGAACACAUGCCGAACAAAGAAAAGUUUGUUGGCGAAUUAGCUCGAGUGGCAGCACCAGGAGGCACAAUCAUCCUUGUCACAUGGUGCCACAGGGACCUUUCCCCUUCAGAGGAAUCUCUGACUCCAGAGGAAAAAGAGCUUUUAAAUAAGAUAUGUAAAGCCUUCUAUCUUCCGGCGUGGUGUUCCACUGCUGAUUAUGUGAAGUUACUUCAAUCCAAUUCUCUUCAGGAUAUUAAGGCACAAGACUGGUCUGAGAAUGUUGCUCCAUUUUGGCCAGCAGUCAUAAAGUCAGCACUGACAUGGAAGGGCUUCACAUCAGUACUACGCAGUGGAUGGAAGACAAUCAAAGCUGCACUGGCAAUGCCACUGAUGAUUGAAGGAUACAAGAAAGGUCUCAUCAAAUUUGCCAUCAUCACUUGUCGAAAACCUGAAUAGUAAGUGAGGGUCUUGUUCAAAUGAGAAUUUCCUUAAAAGUAGAAAGCCUUUCUCAAACAGAUAGAACACUUUAUUGUUCGCAGAGGAUUCUUAACUAAUAUUGUUUAUUUAUCUUUACGAUUGAGGUUUUAAAC